UAUUGGGUGACCUCAUGCAUACGCAUAUAUUCAUCUUUUUGUAUACAAUCGUCUUCUUCAUGUCUCUAAGUCGUUGUUUUUGUUUGGAGUAAAACCAAUUUGCGUCCAUAACUAUGUCGGUAUAAGGCUGAGAUUUGGCCUAUUCCACCAUAUUUUCCGGCUUCCAAUCUUCCCCUUUUCGAUCCCUCAAAGAGCCAUCCCAAAUUCCCUUUAAAUAAUUUCCCAAAUUCCCAAUUUUAAACAAAAUUCAGCCGUGAAUAUGGAGGUUCAAGGCGGAGCACCGGCGGCUCAGCCCAGGAAGUUCUCUCUUCCGGUGGACUCCGAACACAAAUCCACCAAAUUCAAUAUAUUCUCCGUCGCAGCUCCCCACAUGCGAACGUUUCACCUGUCCUGGAUUUCGUUCUGCGCUUGUUUCGUUUCCAGUUUUGCGGCAGCUCCUCUGCUUCCGGUGAUCCGCGACAAUCUCAAUUUAACCGACACUGACAUUGGGAACGCCGGAAUCGCCUCCGUCUCCGGCGCUGUCUUCGCCCGUAUCAUGAUGGGUUCCGCCUGCGAUUUAGUCGGACCACGUCUCGCCUCUGCCUCACUCAUCCUCAUAACCUCGCCGGCAGUUUAUUUAACCUCCAUAGCUUCAUCCCCUGCUUCGUUUUUCCUCGUUCGAUUUUUCACUGGAUUCUCUCUCGCCACAUUCGUCUCGACUCAAUUCUGGAUGAGCUCAAUGUUCUCCUCCACCGUCGUCGGCACCGCCAAUGGCGUAGCCGGCGGUUGGGGGAACUUAGGCGGCGGCGCAACACAGCUGAUUAUGCCGUACGUGUUCGCCAUCAUCGAGCAAAUCGGCGCAACGAAAUUCACCGCGUGGAGAAUCGCUUUCUUCAUCCCAGCGAUUUUCCAAACGCUUUCGGCCUUUGCGGUUCUGAUGCUCGGCGAGGACACGCCGGACGGGAACUUCGGGGAGCUGCAGAAAACAGGGGAGAAGGCAAAAGACAAAUUUUCAACGGUGGUGUACAAUGGGGCGAAGAAUUACAGGGGAUGGAUUUUGGCAUUGACUUAUGGGUACUGUUUUGGGGUGGAAUUAACGAUUGACAAUAUUAUAGCGAAUUAUUUCUACGAUAGGUUCAAUUUGAACCUGCACACGGCAGGGAUCAUAGCGGCGAGCUUUGGGCUGGCUAACCUUUUUUCGAGGCCGUACGGUGGGAUACUGUCGGACGUGGUGGCGAAGAGAUACGGGAUGAGGGGGAGGCUGUGGGCUUUGUGGUUGGUGCAGACAUUGGGCGGAGUUUUCUGUGUGAUUCUUGGGUUGGUUCAGUCUUUGAGUGUUUCCAUUGCCAUUAUGAUCAUUUUCUCUCUCUUUGUUCAAGCUGCGUGUGGACUUACAUUUGGUGUCGUUCCUUUCAUCUCCAGAAGGUCGUUGGGGGUAAUAUCGGGGAUGACAGGAGCGGGGGGGAACGUGGGCUCGGUACUGACUCAGCUGAUAUUCUUCAGAGGGUCAAGAUACAGCAAAGAGAAGGGGAUAAGUCUGAUGGGAGUAAUGAUAAUAGGGUGCACUCUUCCAAUACUGUUAAUAUAUUUCCCACAAUGGGGCGGCAUGCUGACCGGACCAGCUUCCUCCAAGAUUGCUUCCGAGGAAGAGUAUUACUUGUCGGAGUGGACCCCUGAGGAGAGGGUCAAAGGCUACCAUUUGGCUGCCCUCAAGUUUGCUCAAAACAGCCGAACUGAAAGAGGCAAAAGCCUUAGUAAGGGCACUGCUGAUGCUGCCUCUGCCGCCGCGGCUUCACCUCACGUCUGAGAAACA